AUGGCCUUCGAGCUGGUCAGACGAGGUCUUAAUCUGAUCCUUGUUGGUCGGAAUCCAGAAAAGCUGAAGCAGGUCACCGGAGAACUUAGGGCGGAAGUGCCGACUGCUGAGCUGGUAUCCAUCGUCUUCGACCUCUCGAACGAUAUCCCAGACGGGAUCCAGCGACUAGAAAAGGCAAUCGAGCGUCUCGACGUGGGAAUUCUUGUGAACAACGCAGCAGCGUCGUACGCUGUCCCGAAGUGCCUGCAUGAGGUGGACGAGGAGAUGUAUACGGAGCUGGUGAAGGUCAACAUGGACGCGUUAACGGAGAUUACCAGGGUAGUGCUCCUGCGGAUGCUGAAGAAAAAGAAGGGAGCCAUCGUAAACGUCGGUUCUGGGUCAUCUGUAAUCGCUCCGUCUUACCCCAUGUUUACUGUUUAUGCCGGUACCAAAGCGUGAGUCUAUUCUCAACUCAUUCCUUACCGUUUCACUGCUACAAGGAAUUCGAAUCUUGUUCUUCGUCCGAAGUUUACUAAAAGAUUUAUUUUCCAUUACACGAUGUACGAUAUAAGUAUUUUGCUUGAAACUUUGCGUUGAGUGUCUAAUUUUAAGAAAAUUAAUGUUCCUUAUUGUCCAUCAUUUACGUUGAUCAACUAUCAAGAAGUCUUCACCAUGAAUACAAAGAAAAAGGGAUCGAUGUCCAGUGCCAGGUAAUCUAGAGUUUUUAAUCAUGUUAUUAAAACAUCAUUCAUCGUUCAGUCUGCAACAUAUAUACGCCCGCACAUAUAUGCAUGUAUAAGAAAAUUGAACAUAAGACUAUUUAGAAUUAUUUGGAUUUUAAAAAAAAAAUUACGUUAUACUCUAUUGCAUGUGAUUAGAUUUGAGGAAAUUUUAAUGAAAACCUUGCAUCCCUCUCCUGAAAAAGACUCUGUUGUGGUAUAAAGCAUGUUUUUUUCACACUGAGUAUGGUAUAAGUUUCGUCGACUUUCAGGUUCCAUCUUACAUAGUCACCAAAAUGGUACCAGAUAAAAGACGUUCCUUCUUUAAUUCAGCGCCAGAGGAGUAUGCCCUCCCAGCUGUACGUGCCAUCGGAUUUGGAACGACGGUUCUCCCUUACUGGAGACACUCUAUACAGUGUUAUUUCGCUAAACUAGCCCCGGAGAGCAUCCUUAAUGAAUGGUUAUUACGUUCUGCCAUUAAGAGAAGAGAACAGUAUCCAGCUUAA